AUGAAUUGGGAUUCUCCUACGAAAAUACAACUGAAAUCGAUUCCUUUCGCUCUUGAAGGAAAAGAUAUUGUUGGGAUUGCUGAAACGGGAUCUGGUAAAACAGGAGCUUUCCUUCUACCCAUAAUUCAACAUUGGAUUAAAUGUGGUCAACCAGUUGGUUUUGCAUUAAUUUUGGCUCCUACUCGUGAAUUGGCUCAACAAUUAGCCAAUGAGGCUGAACGUUUAGGACAAGUGCAAAACAGAUGA